GAGCAGUGAAUGGAAACCAAUCAGAUAGAGAGCCCCAUCGGCUCGGGCUGCCUGCAUGCCGGAGUUAAAAAGUGCUGCUGGCCGAGCGGGAGACUUAGUGCGAGGCGGGGAGGCUGAGCAGUGGAAGAAGGGGCUGGGGAGCCGCACCGCCGACCCGGGUGAGGCUCGGCCACGCCGCCCCUGCGUGCCGAGCUCCUUUGAGACUGCAAAGACUAUUUAAAGAAGGAAGACGGCAUGACAUUGGAUUCAGUGCAGUAAAGUAGGUUAGUUUGAGAACAAGACAAAAAGUCAUUAUUUAGACUUCCUUGUGUUGCCAUGAUGAGAACUUACCAUUGCUUCUGGCUGCUGUUUUGGGCUAGUCAGCCCCACCAAAGCUUCUUAACUCCGUUAUCCAAAAGGACUAGUGGCUUUCCAGAAAAGGAAAAGGUUUUGAUAUUAUCUGGAAACAGCAGGCAAGACCUCCAUCGUUCCAAAAGGAGCUGGAUGUGGAAUCAGUUCUUUUUAUUGGAGGAAUACACAGGAACUGACUACCAGUAUGUUGGCAAGCUGCAUUCAGACCAGGAUAAAGGAGAUGGAUCACUUAAAUACAUCCUUUCUGGAGAUGGAGCAGGAGACCUCUUCAUUAUCAACGAAAACACUGGUGACAUCCAGGCUACAAAGAGACUAGACAGGGAAGAAAAGCCUGUAUAUAUACUCCGUGCCCAGGCUGUAAACAGAAAGACUGGAAGACCAGUGGAACCAGAAUCUGAGUUCAUCAUUAAGAUCCAUGAUAUCAAUGACAAUGAGCCAAUGUUUACAAAGGACGUUUACAAUGCCAGCAUUCCUGAAAUGUCAGAUGUUGGUACCUUUGUUGUGCAGGUCACCGCAACUGAUGCUGAUGAUCCUACAUAUGGGAACAGUGCUAAAGUUGUCUACAGCAUUCUCCAGGGACAACCAUAUUUCUCUGUCGAAUCUGAAACAGGCAUUAUUAAAACUGCUUUGCUAAACAUGGACCGUGAAAAUAGAGAGCAGUACCAAGUGGUCAUCCAGGCUAAAGACAUGGGAGGCCAGAUGGGCGGAUUAUCGGGAACCACCACUGUGAACAUCACGUUGACUGACGUAAAUGACAAUCCACCUCGCUUCCCCCAGAGCACAUAUCAAUUCAGAGCUCCCGAGUCUAUGCCACUAGACUCACCAGUUGGCAGGAUAAAAGCCAAUGAUGCUGACAUGGAUGAAAAUGCAGAGAUUGAAUACAGCAUCACUGAGGGGGACGGAUAUGACAUGUUUGGAAUUACCACAGACAAGGACACACAGGAAGGAAUUAUAACUGUGAAAAAGGCAUUGGAUUUCGAAAAUAAAAACUUAUAUAUUCUCAAAGUGGAAGCUGCAAAUACUCACGUAGACCCUCGAUUCCUGUACUUGGGGCCAUUCAAGGACUCAGCUACAGUCAGAAUUCAGGUGGAGGAUGUAGAUGAACCCCCUGUGUUCAGCAGACCAGCAUACAUAAUGGAAGUGAAAGAAGAUGUUCCAAUAAACAGUGUAAUAGGAACAGUAACUGCUCAGGAUCCAGAUGCUCCCAGGAACCCUGUCAAAUACUCUGUAGAUCGUCACACUGAUAUGGACAGAGUAUUCAACAUUAAUUCAGGAAAUGGUUCGAUAUUCACUUCAAAACCUCUUGACCGGGAAACACUGCUGUGGCACAACAUUACAGUAAUAGCAGCAGAGAUCAACAACCCAAAACAAAGCAGCCGUGUUCCAGUGUUCAUUAAGGUUUUGGAUGUAAAUGACAACGCUCCAGAGUUUGCCAUGUUUUACGAAACCUUCGUCUGUGAAAAUGCAAAAGCAGAACAGCUGAUACAAACAUUAAGUGCUGUUGAUAAAGAUGACUCUUACAAUGGACAUCAGUUUUCAUUCUCCUUAGCUCCUGAGGCAGCCAGCAGCUCAAACUUUACACUACAGGACAACAGAGAUAACACAGCAGGGAUUUUCACCCGAAAAACCAGAUAUAACCGGCAUGAAGCGAGUACCUACUUCUUGCCAGUGGUAAUAUCAGACAAUGAUUACCCUAUCCAGAGCAGCACUGAAACAGUGACUAUUCGAGUAUGUGCUUGUGACCAUCGAGGCAAGAUGCUGUCCUGCAAUGCAGAAGCCUUGGUUCACCCUACUGGUCUUAGCACUGGGGCUCUUAUUGCCAUUCUUCUCUGUAUCAUUAUAUUACUUGUUACAGUGGUGCUGUUUGCAGCACUGAGACGGCAGAGGAAAAAAGAGCCUUUGAUUAUUUCCAAAGAAGACAUCAGAGACAACAUUGUCAGUUAUAACGAUGAAGGUGGUGGAGAGGAAGACACCCAGGCGUUUGAUAUUGGCACACUGAGAAAUCCCGAAGCCAUAGAUGAUAAUAAGUUGCGCAGAGACAUUGUGCCUGAAACACUUUUUAUACCACGGCGAACUGCAACAGCGCGGGAUAACACGGAUGUCAGAGAUUUCAUUAACCAAAGGUUAAAGGAAAAUGAUACAGAUCCAACAGCCCCCCCAUAUGACUCGUUAGCAACCUACGCAUAUGAAGGUAAUGGUUCUGUGGCCGAGUCCCUCAGCUCCUUGGAGUCGGUGACUACAGACGGAGAUCAGGACUACGAUUACCUCAGUGACUGGGGACCUCGGUUUAAAAAGCUGGCAGAUAUGUAUGGUUCAAUGGACAGUGACAAAGACUCUUAAUAUGUUGCCUUUUUUUUUUCUUUCUUUUUAUUUCCUGUCCUCAUUUUCAGAAACAGCGUUGGGAUAUGUGAAGUAGCUAUUUCUUUCUAUUUCUCCACAGCUGUGUGAAAAGGGUUCUUUUUCUACCCAUUUGAAUUGUCUAAUGACAGCAGUCUGUGUGGGUUAGCCAUCAGAAAACUUUCUCUAGUAUCAUUUUUUGAGCUUCCAAGAGGCAAAAUCCUUAUUUUUUGGUGCAUCCAGUUUACCAGGCUAGUCUUACAGGCACAGCAGUAGUGAAGGGGAAAGAAAGGAUCAGAUGGGGAGCAAUAUUUUUACUUGUUCUGCUUAUAUUGUAAAUUGGGAUAUAUUACUGUUUAAGCUCACUUGCUCUUCUUACUUGUAUUCAGACUAUUCAGCUCAGACAAUUGCUCUGUCGAUUGUGUAUUGCACAUCCCAUUGUAAUGAGGUACCCUAGUUUACCCUAUGUAUUAUAGUUAAAAGUAGUGGUGAUGGAACGAAGGUUUAUUAUACAAGUAAGAGUAAGCCAAGAAAAAACAUCAAACAUGCAUUUUACUCAUGGAGAUGGUAGAAAGGCUUAAUGGUCAUUUAAACCUAAGUGUUUCUCUAGAACUUGCCAUUGCCCCCAAUGCACUGAAUCAUACUAACACACACAUAUAUAUAUAGUUCAUUGACUUCUCUGUAUAUAUUCUUCUGACCUAGCAUUGCUGGAGAGAUGUGUGUGCGUGCACGUGUGUGUGGUCAGUAGCCUCAGUAUCUAAUUCUUAGAUGAUUUCCCAGUUCUAACCCCUACCUGCUUUGCGAUACAUGGAAAGUCAUCAAAUCCAACCACAGAUUAGGUCAUGACUUGGACAAAGGAACAGAUCAUAACUGUGCUUUUGUUUGCACUUCUUCAGUCAGCCUCCACCUGCACAUCAGUUCAGUGAUGGCCACUGCACUGGGGAGGUGGGAGUCAGGAUGUUCAUAUCCAGCUACUUCUGCCUGUUCUCAUGUGCAGGUGGGGAGGAGUGGCCUCAAGGUGACUGGCACCCACUGGAGCAAACAGAGCAAUUGCAGAGGAGGAAACAGUUCUUUUUUUGUCCUCACCUUCUCUACCUGGAUGUCCAGGGUGGAUUCCUGACUUGACUCUCUGCCCAGUUUUGCUAUCUGUAAAAUGGGGAAGUAAUGCCUACCUCAUCAGGAUGUUGCAAGAACUAUGUAAGUCAUUUGGAAAAUGCUUUAGAAAUGGAAAAUGGCAUUCUGCUGGAGGAAGUAAAUUGUCAUGGUUUUGGGUUGUUUUCUUUUUUUUUUUUCUUCCAGAUUCUAGCCCUGAAUGCACAAAUAAGUGAGAAUUAAUUGUCAUUCCAGUGGCCUGAAAAAGUAGGGUUUAUAACUAUAACUUGUUUUUUAAAGUAAACUACACAAGUUUGUUAAAGACUUCACCAAAAGGUAAAAUUUAAAUCACAAGUGUCACAUUAAAAGGGGCAGAAAAGAAGAAUUUUCGUAUUUUCGUAUUCGUAUUCUAUGCUCUAGGUGGUAGAGCAUAGUUCUGUGGUAAUUUAGUUUUAAGGUACUGUCAGCAGAAAAGCUGUAAUUGUAUUGCUGGUGGGAUCAUAGGUAAAAUUGACUAGAUACCACCAGGAUUUAUUUUUUUUUAAUAUAUAUAUUUUUUUAAAUUAAUUGUAUUAUUCCAAAUCGUGUUUUGAAUUUUAAUAGGUAAGGUGUUUUUCCUUCACCUUUCUUUUAUGAUAGUAGUUGUUAUUGAUUGUAUCCAUCAGUGUGUCUGGCUAUGUCUUAGAGUCAAAGAGACAUUGGUUUGGAUGAUGCUAAAUGCAUCUGUGAUUGACUGAUGAUCUUUUUUUUCUUUUUUUUUUUAAUCAAUUCCCUCUAGUGAUAACAGAUUUGUUAAAGGCCAUUGAUUAGUUCCCAAAGUUAAAAGGGAAAAGUUUAGAUGGUUGUUUUGAUUUACUUAGGUCAGUGGUAAUCAUAACCAGUUUAUUAAUGUAUUAAUAUUUGAGAGCUCACAUUAUUAGAACUUUCAGUCCUGUUCUCAGGAUAUUAACUGCAUUCCACAUAUAAGGUUGUCAGGGAUAGUGUAAUUGUGGAAAUACUAUUUUGUAUCAACAGCUUGAGUCAUUUGAGAAUUGAAGACCCAAGCUCACUUGAGAGUUGGGGUCUGUUUAAAGGUAUAUUUUAAAGUUAUGUUAGUAUUCUUGCUUAAAAAAGUAGGCACAUCUAUUUUUUCUUUUUUUAGUAUAGUUUACAAGAAGGCGUAAGAUUGUUGUCGUGCAUUUAGAGCAUUAUUUUUAAUUUAGUAUCCUAUUGAGAUGAUGUUUUUGUUAAUUCCUUUUAGAGAUAGAAAGUGUUGAUUUCCAUUCUUCUUUGUGAUGGUCCAUUUCUGUUUACAGAAACUAGUUUAAGCAGAAGUAUACUUAGAAGUACACAUUUUUUAUUUAUGAUCACCCCAUCACACAUAAAUUUUAUAAAAUUAAAUGAUAACUUUAUACCUUGUUUCUGUAUAAACAAGAUGAAAGCAUAGGUUGUGUUAAAGUAAAAUUGUUUUUCCCCUUUUUUUUUCUUCAGUGGGUGAAUUGCUCUUAUCACGAUCUUUUAACAAUGAUUGAUUAGCAUAGAUAAGAGAAGUAAGGUAAAGUAAAAAGUACUUAGGAGAAUAUAAGUAUUUCUUAAAAAAUGGUUAUAGGUUUUUUUUAUUAUUAUUUUAUUUUAUUUGCCGGUCUUGUUUGCAUUCUAUAGUUGUCUUUCCUUUUAGACAGGCAGAAAAAAUUAGUUAAAUAAUUUUAAUAAAUCCAGGGUCUCCUGAGGAAGACUUGGAAAAGUUAAUACAUAUUUAUAUAAUUUCAGACAUGCGUAAAUCCUGGUAUCUACUUCCAAGUUGAAUUGGUUGAAUUUUUAAAUUUUUUAUUUAAUUGAAAUAAAGUUGUAUAUUCAUAAGGUAAAAGUUUUUUCCACCCUAUUCUCAUAUUUAGUAAAGGGAAAAGAAAAGACAAAGUAAAUUUAUUAAAAUUUAAACUAACAAUACAUAAAAUGGUUUGUUUUAUGUAACUUGGUUAAUAGUUGGUCUUCCAACAAAUGGUUCUUGAUGAAAACACAAACAAAUUACAAGAAUUAAUAAACUAAUAAUCUAAGUAAUUAUUAAAAGUUUCAUCGGUCUCAGGCAGUUCUGAUUCUCUCUUAGCUUGUUCCUAUAAAAAGAUGAGGAGAAAAUUCGGCCUACUAUAAAUUAAUCAUUAAAAAAAAAACAACCAAAGGAAUAAUUCAUUGAGUGUAGACUUAGUUUCUGUGUAUAUUACAAAAGUGAAAAGAAUUUAAGAGAAAUUUGCUGACAGUCUCUUCACUCAGUUGUCAGUGCGUGUGUGUGUUGCAUUCCUAGAGAAAGAGGAAAAGAAAAAAAGAAAAAAACACGAGUCCCAAAGGGGUUUCUCUUACAGGUUAUCACUUAAUGAGUCAGGUUGUUUAACGCAGUGGUUAAAAGUCAAGCACUGAUGUUUAAUUCUUUGCAAUAAAACAGCUAGGUAAGAAAAACAAGAGGAAGUAUAAGAUCACAUUGUUUUUGCUGAAGUACGCUUUCUUCUUUUUAUGCAUAUUCCUGUGAAACAGAAGGAAAGAAAAGAAAUAUGCUUGGUUCACUCUUGAACUAGUGAUGUUGGUUAGAAACAGGUGUUUAAGAUUAAAAAAAAAUUCAGCUUUGGCUUCACGAAGUGUUUGCCACUUAGUUUUGACAGUUUAGUCUCCGAGUUUGGGGGUGAAUCACAUCUUUGAUCAGAGGGAGUGAGACUGCUUGUAAAGAUUCGACAAGAGUCACUGUUUGAGCUGGGUUUCUUUUAGGGUUUUUUGCAGGCUUCUGCUUCUCACCCUGGAGCCAUGAGUUAAUUUUAUAAGUUUCGUAGGUAACACUUGUUCCAUUCAGUUUACUCCAGUGGCUGGAUGCUGUCUGGAAAGUGGAUGCAGCUUCUCAGCAUCCCACUGCCUUAGCAUUGACUGGAUUUCAAUAUCUCUUGAUUUAAGGUCAGAUUUUGAUAGUUUAAUAGCAGUCAAAAAAUUAGUAUGCCGUUUUUUGCAGCAAAAGGUAAUCCACAGUUUUCUCUUUACAGUUUUUCUCAGACAGACAGGAAAAUUAACAAAGCCUGAGUGAGUGAUAAAAUUUUUUCUUUGAGAGUUGUUAUCACCCCAUGAAUACCUAAUUAGGCUUGGUGUAUUUUAGUUGUUAAGUUCACGAUAUUAAGCACAGCAGAUCUAGUAGAAAUGCAUUGGCACACAAGUGCCUGUAAUAAAGAGUUAAUAUUAAUUGGUUUUCGUAUCAACUACGAAAAUUCUGUUUCACCCUGCAGAUGCAGAGUUUUUAAUCACCAGGCUAGCAGCAAACAACUGUUUAUUUAGGUGAAUUUUAGUAGCUUGGCAAACACUAACUUUAGUGAGUCUAACACUUUGUAUUUUUUUUCUUUAAUGUAUGCACAUUCCACAGCUUUGUUUGAUUGUGUUUAACAGCAAGCAGUUUCGCUGGCAGUUUUUUUUUCUUUCUUAGCAUAUAACACCUCCUUUACCUGCAGCUCGUUUUGUUCGAAGCCUGCUGUAGCAAGUGAAAAUUUAAGGUUGUUCGCUUCAGUUCUAAACAACUUGUUUUUAGCAGCAAGUUCAGAAACUGGAAUUUUCAGUUGUUCUCCUGUUUCCCCUCUUAUAGGUUAACAAUAACUUUAAUACUUGAUUUUCUGAUUUUAAAACCACAUAUUCAACAUCACUAAUCAGUUUAGAAGGAGGUAAAGUUUUAGAUUUUUGUUGUGCACAAAACACACUUUGUUGUUCGAAUUGUAAUUCCAGUUUCUCUGUAUUUUCUUGCAUUUUUGCCACCUCUAUUGGAGAGCAGGAAUCAUUGUGCAAAACACUACAUUCGUUUUCAUUAGAAUUACAGUUUUCUGUGGUUUUAUUGCAGCAAAUAUCUCCUUUCCAGAUUCCCAUAUCUGGAUGAGUUAUUGACUUUUGAGGCUGUUUGGCUCCAACAACCAAUUUGGUUGUUUGUUUUUCUAGUAGUUGUUUCUCUUUGCAGUUCACAAGCAGAGUUUUAAGGUGGUCCAUGCAUUUCACAACUUUUCCUUUAGCUUUUUUAAACAUUUCAGUGCACUCUUUCUCCACUUGGGAAGAGGUAAAUCUGCAUUUUUGCAGAAGAAUAUUCAUAACACCUCACUUUCUUGGUACCAUUUCCUGUCAAAAAAAGAAGAAUCUCCUGUCCAACGUGUAUUAAUUUAUUUGUUGUCUAUCAGUGUCCCCCUCCAGGAGACCAAAGCCAUUUAAUGUCCAAAACAGUCUGGUAGUGUCUCACCUAAUGAGACCCUUUGCUAACAGAUUCGCUGAGACAGACAGGACAUUUGAUACCUUUUAUAUAUAGGGACUGCACUUAAUAGCAGUAGAAAAUCCCUUCAGCAAAUUUCUCCUAUCAGUUAUUUCACCGUUGACGAAACUGUCAGCAUCUAAGAACGGACUCACUCUAACAGUUCAUGAAAUAACACAUUUAUUAAUGCAAAUUUGUGACAAUUUAUGGGGUUCACUGUGUCUGGAAUAGGGUCUAACUGCAAAAAAACACACUUAAAACUAUGUAGUAAUAAUAAUAAUGCAAAGCAUAGGCAGAGACACUAAAGCAAAAGCAACUUACAAAUAAGUAAGACAACUUAAAAAGACUAAGUAAAGCAAAAAACCUAAGUACACACUAUAAAGCAAAAGCAACUUACAACAAAGUAACAAGGAAAAAUUUUAAAGUACUAUGGAGCAAAAGAAGAUGGAGGAAGAAGAGGUAGCCCACAGGUUACCUCCGCAGAGUUGAUGGAACUUCUCCAUGAUUUUUGCUUGCAUCCAAUCUCUUUUUAUACCUUUUUUCUUUAGGCAGUUUGAGUGGCUAUAGUCAGUAAACUAAUUUUGGGGUGAUAGACAGAUGAAAUAAGCCCAAAGGUCCACUUCCUGAGUUCCCAGCAGGCAGGAUGUGCUCAAAAAAAGACCAUGUUAUCUCCAUACAGUAUCACUCCUUUCUUCAUUUUAAUCCUUUUAUCAGUUUCUGGGAAUGUCUCCCCAAGUACUGGAGUUUUCCAGGAAUCCAUCAGGAGGGUUUUUUUCUUUUUUUGCGUGGCCUUAUCUACCACCUUAGAACAAGUCUCUGUGUGUAUGUUUAUCUCCUUUGCCAAGCUAACUAAUUUUUGUCCAUGGUGGGGGGAGACACCAUAAUCUUGGGCCAGAACUGUUUUCAUGAUAGUUUGCUCACCACUCAGAAUUUCAGUUGAUUUGUUAAAUGUGUAAUGACCUUGCUCUUCAAAUUCAGCCAUCUAGGAGAGACUGUCUGGAGAAAAUCCUGAGGGGCUGCCAUGGAGCAUAUCCAGUUUCCAGGAGCUAAAAGUGACCCUGUGUCCCAAAGUAGGGAACCAGCCCAUGGCUCUGUGUCAAGGAAAGAAGGAAUUAAUUUUUUUUAAUAUACCUCAUAGAUAACUGUUCUCAUUUGUUUCAUUUUGAAAGAGUAUUUAAUACCAGAAUUACAGGAAUGGAUCUAUUCUCCCUCCUUAAGUGAAUCAGUCUGAAAACUAAACAGCUCCAAUUUACUCCAAAAAUAAAGAGAAAUGAGAAAAAAAGUUAAUAAACAGAAAAUAAAGAGGGAUUAAAAAUUCAUCUCUGGGAUUCAUUACUCCUAGUGAGUUAAAGAGAGCAGUAAGAGUCCCAAGUAUUAGACUUUUACAACCACAACAAUGUAACUUCAGGUUUUGCAAGCCGGCUCACAUGGAAGAGAAUGAGCCAGCCAUGCUGCAAUGCCUGGCUGGGGCAAGAAGGGACUCCUUUGCAGUGGGGAGAACUGCACACCUAUGAGUGUAGGGCAGACUAGCUAAUGGCUUGCAGAUGCCCAACAUGAUAGAUUGGAUGGGUUUACAGAGCUGAAGAGCCCAGAUUUUCCAAGGGUCCUGAGCCCCCAGCCUCCCUGAGGCAGGCCUCUCACAAUGUUUUAAGUCCAUCAGUUCCCAACUCCAUUGCUUAGAGAGCCUGAGCCCAUUGCACCCAUCAUGAUGGUAAUGGCACAGCUAGACCCUUAUUAUGUCCUCCUGAGGGCCCCUAAGUAAUUUAAGAUGAUAAAGGCCUUUGAAAGCCUAGCCUUUCAUGGCUUCCAUGAAAUCAGAGCUUCUAGGAAGCAAUAUGUCCAAAAGCUGGCUCUGACAGACAGGAGAGACCAUCUGGAUUUCAGAUAUGCGGAGGAGCAGCAGAUGCUCAGCACCACCUGCCACAGGUCCCUCACUUCUGGCUGCUCCCCUCAUACAAUCAGGGGGGCCAGCCUAUCCCUCCAGGGACUCCUAAACGUACGCCUCUCUCACCCUUCACUGUGGGGUUGCCUCCAGCAAAUAACCUCAAGCUCAGAUGGAGCUCACUGGAUGCCCAAAGCGAGCCAGUGAAAUGUCCUUUCCUCUCCUUCAGCCCUGAGGAAACAGAUUGUGUGUGGAAGGGAUCACAGAGGUGGCUGUGAAACUGUACAGGUAUUUGGCCCUGUGAGCCACCCCCAGCUCACUGGGAAGAGGGAAUCACUGGCUCUUUACUGAAGACAGACCCUGUGCCCUGAAGGAGCUGGGCCACUCUGCGGGUCAGCCUGCAUUAGUCACUUCUAGGAAUGGGAUAACAAGACAGAAGGAUAACUUGUAACUACUUUCCGAUGUUUGUACAGUGCUUUUGUCUGAUUUAGUGAUUGUUAGUAGCAGUCCAAGCUCGAGUUUUGGAUUGGUUUGAUUUCUUUCCUUUUAAUUCAAAGCUGGUUAUUUCUUGUCCAUUGAGUGACACGGUAAAUAAUAGAGAGUGGCUACUCAUGCCUGUUAUGUAAAUAUAUUAUAUAUAUAAAAUUAUGUUAUGUCACCACAAAUAUGGUGCCUGAAUAGCAAAUGCAUUCGUCUAAGAAAAUUUGAGGCAAACUUGCAUCCACAUUAUUAUUUAUGCAUUUAGGUUUUAAGGUCUGGUUUUUUCCUGCAAAUUACACAAAUUUAGCAUCUCUUACACAGCAAGAAGAGUUCAGUUCUUCCUUUUCUUCUUGCUUGGCAGUACCACAAAGUGCAAUUUAUAAAAUCAGUAUUGCAUAUUAAAUAUUGAAAGUGCCAUAUUGCAGUGAAUACAAAACUUUGCAGUAGAAUUUCUUUGCACUAUAUUGCAUGGCAGCGUGCUAGAUGAUAGAAAUGAGUAUUUAACAAUGCUUUCACACAGUGCUACAGUUGUCAUUUACAGAUAAACAAGUGUUGGACUAUGGGCUAUGAAGUGGGUUUCAAGGCUGUUUUAAGCCUGCUCUUCUUACAACCGAACCUAUUUAAGAAGAAGUAAUAUUAUUAGGAAGUUUAGCUAAGCCAGGUAGAGAGAUAGCAAUGCAGUUGCCUUUAAUUUGGAAAAGCAUCUGACCUAACAGCAGGAGACCUAUUAAAAGAUGCCAAGGAAUUCAGUGGAGUCAGGAUGAAACAGGGACCUGGGAGACUAUUCCAGCUGUGCUAGUGCAGAACAGUAGAAUCUCUGCACUUGGAAUAAGGUUUCUACUGUAGCUAUUUCAUCCCAAAUCCCAAAAGAGUCACUUUAUCUCAGAAAAAUGGGGGGAAGUGGUGUUUCUGUUUUGUGUUUGUUUGAUUAUUUCAGGUUAAACGCAAUUAUAUCCCACAGCAGCACUGGUAUGGGGAGACACAGCAGCCCAUGCCUCCAAUACAUUGUGCCAGGACAUCUUUCUGUGUAGACAAGUGCAUGGAAGAAAGAUGAGGCAAACGUAGAUGGAGUUGUGUCUAACCGUGAGAAAAAAAAGUUGUCUCUAUUUUUGAGUUAUUUCUGGUAAAAAAAUUGCUAGGUAAGGUACCUAGUAGAAAAAGAACACUUCACCUGUACCAACACCAAUAUUUGCUAAAUUUUUCCUAAGAAAAAGAUAUAUUUUUCUGGUCUUAAUUCAUUCUAUGGACAGGUAUUUCUUAUCUGUUAAAUGUGAAUGGGAGAGGCAACCUUCAAAUAAUCCACUUUUGGAAGUAGCAGGACAUAUGACAUCACAAAAAUCCCACAAAACCAAGUAACUGAACAUCUGCAUUACCAUAAAAAAAAAGAACAGUCAUAAAGAAGUAGAGCAGAAAGAAAUGGCUUUAGAAAUACGUAUCUACACAUGUACAGUAUGAUUAAAACGAAGGGAAAUAAUGAACACUGGAAGCUGCCCAUGUUUCAGAACCAGAAUUAUCCAUGUUGAGCAGAACCAACACCACACAGUGACUUCUAACACUUUCAGGUUUCCUACUGCAGCCAGAGGGAGAUUUGCAGAGGUAGGAAGAAAGACAUCAUCUUUUUCAGACCAAGCAAAUUAAAUCCAAGCCAUUUCUAUGCAGAUCUCUAGGAAAGAAAGAAACGUGUUAAAUUUCUGCAGCAGAACUAUCUUGAUGCAGGGUGAAUUACUGACAGUGGUUCUAAGCAGUAACUUUCUGCAAGCGCCACUGUGUUAGCUCUACUUGCCACCAUCUCUUAGAAUUCUCUCCAUGUUUCCUUUGACUAUAAGUAGUAUUAAAAUUUUUCAGAAGAACCACUGUCCCAAUUGGAUGCUACCAUCCCCUGCCUAUUUGCAUUUCAAUUAACUCUGCAGUCUGAGAUCCCUUGUCAAAUGAGAGUUGACAAAUUAACAGUCAUUACACUACUUCCAAUGAAUAUGAACUAUGACAUAAGCUGUGAAAGGCAGGUUUUUUCCAACCCCUUUAGACCUGUGAAACAGCAGCCUCCUCCAAUAAAUGUCAAAGCCACAAUGUUUUUUUUUUUAUUUUCAGUUUAGUCUUCAGAAAGACUUCUUUUCUUAGAGAUUCCUUCUGUACUUUAAGGGGAACAAAAGCAUAUUUAAUGUCUACAGACUCAUGCAUUGAUCCAGAAAGAAAGCAAAAACCACAACAGCCAACACAAUGCUUUAAUACCAGUCUCUCCCCUCAGUAGUUUAUUUAAGCCAGCUGAAACAAUCUUGAUUCUGCCCAUCAGUUUGUAAUAUUACACUUUUGAGCCCAAAACUGUGUUCGUCAUAUACUUAAACGCUUUCCUGAACAGUUCAUAAAGUUCAGUGGUAGGUAUCCAAAAGCUAUGGUUGGGGUUACAGGGAGCACAAGUGUCAGAGAAUUGAGAGUUUCAGGAAGAAGAACAGAAAGUGAAUUGCAUGGGAGGGCGGGGGGAGGUAAUUAGUCAUAUGCAAUGCAGGCCCAUGACGCUUAAAAGCCACAAAGCUAUCAUGCAUAGAUUUACUGGAUUUCAAAGGAGUUUUUUACAGAACCUGCCCUUGUGGACUUUUUUUCUGCAUGCAUCUUUUGCUGUCUUUAAAAAUAAACUAAAAAAAAAAAAAAAAAAGGAAGAA